CAAUAACUUUUUCAAGUCAAAUUAACCCCGUUUCUUUAGCCUAUAAUCUAUACCAGAGUUGCAGGCUGUUGGCUAUGGCGAAGGAAAAGGAGCUCGACGUUUUGGACUCUUCGUACCUCCACCUGCUCUCUGCAUUUCUCGCCAUGGAGCCACCCAAUGUCGUAAUCUCCUUUGCCAGGGAUUGUGGCGGAGAUUCAAUUACUGAAACAGUGCAGAACUUCAUUUGGCGUCACUGUAUUAGCAAGGCUGAUGUGAAAUGGCAGGGGCCUUACUUGAAAAGAUUUCUCAAGAAGCUCAUUGUUGAAAUUGAAUCGAGUGGCUGUGUAGUUUUGGAUGAACUGUACGAGCAGUACGCUUUUUACAUGACUUCCUUACGGGGCGAUGAUGCAGCUAAAGAGAACUCGAGAGUUUUGAAAAUAAUCUCAUUUCUUUUUCCUGAUGAGUCUUCUGGAAUCUUAAGCUGCUCGAAAUCUAGGAAAUUGGAGGUGAAACUUCAGUGUUCUCUCAACAUGCUCGAAGGAGAUACAGGGUUGAGAGGCUUUGAAUGUAUCCUCGUAUGGAAAAUCAUACUUUGUACUACUUUUAGAGAAGUGUAUAUUUAUCUCUCAAUGAUUCUCAAUCUGCAGGUUAUACUUAGUGAUGGGAACUUGUCAACUUUAGCGAAUAUGAAGCUUAACUUGGAACUAAACCAUCUGAGAACUGGAACGCAGUUACUAGACCACCAUAGGAAUUGCAAUACGGUGCAAUGUGUUUCCUUGCCAUGGGAAUCUGCAUCAGAAGAUGAGCUUCGUUACUUCACGCCCGACAUAAUUUUGGGUGCAGAUGUAGUUUACGACCCAACAUUCCUUCCACAUCUUGUUCGAGUUUUGGUGGUUCUUUUAAGGUGUGAAAAUUCAGUUUCUGAAGAAGUUGACGCUGUUAGUGAGUUUGAUGCUAGUCAAUGCAAAGUGAUGAGUAAUGCUACCCAAAAUGCGGAAUUUUCUGGUGAUCCUAUUCCUUCAGUUAAAGGUCGUGUUGCAUAUAUUGCUUCUGUGGUUCGUAAUGUUGAUACGCUCCGUUACUUUCUCUCACUCGCAAAACAGUCCAAUCUUAUUGUCACUGACCUUACCGAAAAGGUCAAGCCAUUUAAUUUUCUUCCUUACAUAAAAUCGUAUCAGCAAUCUGGCAUAAAGAUGUUCAGAAUUUCAUAAUCGGCAAUAUGGUGAUCUUCUUUGAGUACUCUUCUUGUAAACUUUCAAAAUUAGCGCAACUCACUACGGUCUUUAUGCUUUGUGUCUGUAUUUAUCUAAAUUGUUGGAUUUCUAAGUUUUCCCAUAUUCUGGGUUUUCCUCUUAUUAGA